AUGCGAAUUUUGUAUUCCAAUCUCCAUGCUGAGAUCUUGAUUAUCCUUCAACACCGUGCUACACUUAUCCCUAACAUUAGCUCUCCAUCUACAUGUAUUCUUCAAGCUUCACGCUUCGAGUUUCAACCUGUACUAAUAAACCUAAUUCAGCCAACCAACUCAGAAAAAGCCAAAAGUUCUUACAAAAUUGGUAUUGCGCCUGAUUCUGUAAAUGCAGCUUACAUAUUUUCCAAAAAAGAUCUUUCUCGGCCUGCUAUACAGAUUCCCCAUGCAAGCAAAGCUGUUGUAGCUGUCCGGUUAUGUCCUAUAUUUUUCAAGGGAACAGACUCAGAUGGAUUAUUUAAGCUCCCAUAUCGCAUUGUAUUUGUUGUUGCCACACUGAAUUCAUUAAACAUUUAUGACACUGAGAGCACUUCUCCAAUAACUGUAUUUGUUGGUCUUCACUAUGCCCGCAUUCUCCUCGCAAGAUGGCUUCUGCUCAUUGGUGGAGUUGGAAUACGGUGA